UUGCCGCGCUGCGAAUUUCGUCACGUUGUUACUUUCACGCGACCAAUUCGGCGUUCAACGUCAACAAAAUCGCGUGAAAUCGUGUGUCUGCUGAGUGUUUUCAACCUGUAUUUAGCAUGUUCCUUGCGUGCUUUUUAGCCAAAGAGCCGGCAAAUGUGAAUAAACCGCUGAGCAACUGAAAAACUUCUGGCCAAGUUCUUAAAUCAGGAAACGCACUUUCGGCAAAAUGCCACCUACUUAAUGCGCACACAAUCAGGCAAUAAAUCAGCAUUUAAUGUGCCUGCAUCGAAAUGCGGAGUCAGCCGACAUCGACGUCAUCGACAUCAUAUGACCGCGUUUCCGAAUUUCCCCGAAUCUUGUGUACGUGCAUUGUGUGUUUCGGCCCCGGUCCCGAAAUACGAAAUACGGAAUGGAAUACAGAAUGCACGGCGCAGCACAGACGACGGGUCAUGGCCACGGCCACGGCCACGGCCACGAAUAUGGCAUUUCGGCGACUCCGGUUGCGGAUACAACAACGGCUCUGGCUAUGGCUGCAAACUCCGGCUCUGCCGUGCGUCGCAGUUUCACUUUCACGGCGCAAACACAGCUGCGAGGGUGGCGGAGAUCUGGGCCGUGGGAGUUACGGGUGUGCCGGGCGCGACUUGCACUCAGCCUCACAGUUCGUCUUUCCCAAUUUGGCGGGUGCACAGCAACGGACACGGACACGGAUACGGAUGCGAAUACGAAUACGGACACGGUUACGGCCCACUCUAACUGCCAAUGACAAUGUCGCACAGUGGAAAGAACAAUAUUUUUAGUGGAAACUCUUUCCUUUCUGCAAUUUACUUUAUGUACAUAUGCUAGUUACUUCUUUUAUGCUAGUUAAAAACGAUUUUUUCAUGUAGACCCAUAAUAUUUAUCAACACUUUCUGAAACUCCCCGCUUGGAAGUAUGCACUUUACGUAUGCGCAAUAUUAUCAAGUAUACGCCACGUUAUUUUAGUGUUUAACGGGGUGCAUCCGAA